GCCCACGCUCUUCCUCACGAGCAGCAUCCUCCCUCCGGGCUGUUCCGGAUGAGACGCCUCCCUCCCUCCGCAUCCCUGAUCCUCUUAUCAGCGAGGAAGCGGCCAAGAUGGAUGUUGUAAACCAGCUGGUGGCCCAAGGGCAGUUUACGGUACUGAAGCAACCAUUGGGAUUUAUAAAAAUUCUACAAUGGAUCUUUGCAAUCUUCGCCUUCUCGACGUGUGGCAGCUACUCUGGCAUGUUCAAGCUGAGUGUGGAGUGUGAAAACCCAUCGUAUGGUGACCUAGGCAUAGAAGUAGAGUUUGAAUAUCCGUUCAGGCUCCAUCAGGUCUACUUUGAUGCCCCUACCUGCAAGGAAGGAGACAAGAAACGUAUUUUUCUGACCGGGGACCAUUCUUCAUCAGCUGAGUUCUUUGUCACUAUCGGUGUCUUCUCCUUCCUCUACUCCAUGGCAGCGCUGUCCGCGUACUGCUUCAUCCUUGAAAAGUACCGCGAAAACAACAAAGGGGCCCAAAUAGACUUUGUCGUGACGGCGGUGUUCGCCUUCAUGUGGUUGGCGUCCUCUUGCGCUUGGGCUAAAGGCCUGUCGGAUGUGAAAACAGCCACUGAUCCAGACAGGGUCAUUCUGCUCAUCCCAGCCUGUGAAGAGAAAGGAAAUCGCUGCCGUGAGGUCUACGAUCCCAGAGUCUCCGGCCUCAACACCUCUGUGGCUUUUGGCUUCAUUAACCUGAUCUUGUGGCUGGGAAACCUUUGGUUCGUCUUCAAAGAGACCGGUUGGUUGGGUGCAUUGUCUGGAACCUAUGUCCCGUCCCAGGAGAAACAGCCGGCUCCCGAUUCCUACGCCCAGGGAGGCUAUGCACAGCAGGACCCUUAUGCCGGAUCCCAGGGGGGAUACCAGCCAGAAUACGGUCAGCAGGGGGGCUAUAACGAGGAUGGAGGUUACAACCAGGGCUAUGAGCAGCAGCCCACCUCCUACUCUAAUCAAAUGUGAGCCUGUCCAACUAAACCACAAAUGCAGGAUGGGUGACCUUGUGUUCUCUGGAGUGUGGUUCGCAGCUCACCUGCAUUUCCGCGCUCCUCCGUUCAUUUCUCUGUGUUUGUGUGGGUCGACAGGCAGGGUGGGGUGGGGUGGGGGGAGGGAGGUGACACUCAUAGUUAAGGGGCAACACCACCAAGGGUGCAGAUUUGGCGGGUGGGAGGGCCGGGGAGGGGGUCUUUGGUGUGACAUGAUGUUUAUUCUCGUGGCGUAUUUAACUGUAGAAGACAACAGAGGCUUGUCUGUUUGGUCAUACGAGAAGAACUUGAAUACAAAACCAAAACAUUAGACAAAGAACAUUUAAGGGGAAUCUUGUAACGGGAAAGACAUUUAUGAGAAAAAAAAAUUGUAGUUAUAUUUACCUUGGGAGAAUGUAUUUGUCUGUUCUGUGUAAAUAUCAACAUGCUGAUAUAUAGGAUUCUAUGUACACAGCUGAAUAAUUGUGCACUCUAUAUUAGUUGUCAUACAACAAAUGUUGAGCACAGAGUUAUUCAAUUGUAAUUGCUUUGGUUCUGUUUAGGAGCUCACUUUAAACUUUCUGUUCCCUGGAACAACUCAAAACGAAUUCCUGUCGAAAUAUCUACUUUUUUAUUUGCUCAUUUUUUCUUUUUUUUUAAAUCAGCAUUACAGUUCAGAUGUAAUAAUCAGGGUAAAGACUGCUAAUCAUGCAAAUGCUAUAAAAGAAAAGAUGUUGGUCUAUAUGAAAACUGAGAGUAAUAUAUAAAAAUAUUUGUGGUGAAAGUUGUAAGUAGGUUGUUUCGACUUGGUUUGUACAUUCUUAUUUUUUCUUCCAUCUCAUCUUGGUGUUAUUGCGUGGAUGAGUUCUCCUAAAAGUCCUCUUGAAACGUUCCAUUCUGAUGUCUAAAUCUCAAAGAGAAAUUGUAGUGAGCAUCGUAGCACUUCAUAUUUUGCUAUGCUGUUCCACAAACUGCUAUAGUGAUGUCCGUUUGGAAAUCGUGAACCAGACAGUGAACAAGAAAAUCCUUCGACGUGUGUUUGUUUGGUUGUUUUUGAUGUACCGGCACCGAGUAACUUUUUUGUUGUCCUGUUUUUUCGGCUGCCUUUGACGUGAUCCAGAGAGUUGUAAGACAGAAUCUUGUAGUUUUUUAAACUAGUCUCUGUGUCCCACGCACUGACCAAAAGUGAUGGGGUGUAAGAAUUAGGUUCAUUACAGUUUUCGACGCUCUUUGUUUGGCAUGCCGUGUGUUCUAGAGAGGCAGUUUGAAGAAACAUCUCCCUCUACGACCAUCUUCCAUAUCACUCUUUUUGUGUUCCAAUAUACUGCAUGCAUGCUACUCGUUUUAACCCAAAGAGCCCACCGCUCGUUCACAAAGAACCUUAGGCUCACGGCUGCAGGAAAGUGCUUGAACCUCCUGGACAUACUUAUGCCUGUUCCAUCAUAGCGGCUACUACGCAGCGCCUACUGACAACCUGCUCAACUUUAAGCACAAAGUCCAUGCUGCAGUAAUUACUCCUAUUCGAAUAUAAAUGUACGGCUGCCAAUCCUGUGUUUGAAUGCCCAGAAGCAUGUUUGCCAAAUUGUACGAGACGGGUUUUGAUUUGUACCUCUGCUUCUCCAAUUCUCGCCAGAAUGGGUUGAUCCUCAGUGCAUCAUUGUCCAUUGUACAGACACUUAUCAAAGGGUAAAAUAAAAUCAGGGUUUUCGAUUCAGACAGUAUAGAAGCUACUGGGUUUCUCUCUUCCUCUAGUUCCCUCGCCUCUGUUAUUUCUCUCUGUCUUUCUUUCUCUUUCACUGUAGCUCUAAAUAUGCUGAAAUGAAAUAUACUCUGUUGUUAGUGGUGAAUGGUGUCUUGUGAUAAGCCUUUGGAUAGUGCUGUGUUUAAUGUGUAUGAUGUAUUCAUAUUAGUAUUUAUGAUAAUGAUAAAUCACAGAAAAAAAGAUUAACCAAGACUCCAAACUUCUGCUGUAUUCUUAUUAUAUGGGAUUCAUUGUGAAACAAAAUGAAAUAAACUUGAAAUUAUUCUGUUGAAAGUUAA